AUGUCGACUUCACGAGACUUCGCUAUUCCAGCGGAGCGCGAUAAUCCGCCGCAGGACAAUAUAGAGAUGGAAAGUCGCCAAAGCCAUUCGUCAAACACCAACGUCUCUGACGAAAAGGACGAGCAACAUGUCCGCUAUAAUCUCACUCUCAACACCCAGAACCUCUCCCCCAGGGCCGAGCCCAUACGGCCAGUGCGAUCCGACACCGAGGUCCAUCGCGAGAUGAACUUUUCGCCCUCGAUACUGCGACGCCGAAUAACUCGCGUUCCAACAUUCAAGACCAUUGAAGAUUACGAUGAUUUCGAGACAAACUUUGGCGAUCGGCCAGGUUGGCAACCUGGCUCUGAACCUGGCUACGACCCUAUGCUCCCCGAUGGAGGCCAUGCUUCGAUGCCUACGCUUCAAGCGCCCUGCCAGAUUUCUGUCAUCGAUUUCGCGCAGGAUAAUAUGGUCAAGCGCCACUUCGAUAACGCAAGUUUCAUAAGCUUCCUUGAUCAGCCAAAGGAAGAGUGGGCAAAGUGUCGGUGGAUCAACGUCAAUGGGCUUAGUUGGGAUGUCAUCCAGGCCAUUGGAAGUAAAAAGGGUCUGCACAAGCUGGCCCUGGAGGAUUUAAUGCAAAUUCGAAACAGAACAAAGGCCGAUUGGUACCCAAACCAUGCUUUUAUCGUCAUGACUUUGCAAAAGCUCGUUCAUUUGGUUGAUGAUGAGGAUGAUUCCUCGGAUACUAGCAGCACAUACUCGACCAAGACACUGGGCGCGUUGAGAGGAUCAGUAAGGCAACUUUGGAAGAGCCGCAGGACGGUCGACCCCGAGAAGGACUUUACAAGCUCUUUAAGGCCACAUGAUCCCACAUCAGACUUGCAAGAGACUGGCAUGAUACGGACGUUGCAGCGAUAUCACGCCUCUGGAAACGAGGCGCGAACAGAAUUCAUGGAAAGCCACUCAUCCCUCACACCCUAUCAGAUGGCUGUGUCAGCAGAGCAGGUCUCUAUCUUUCUGACUUCUGAUAAUACAGUCAUCUCUUUUUUUGAGGUUUCGGCUGGCGACAUUGAGCGCCCUAUCGUGACCCGUCUUAGCACACCUGGCACAAUCCUGCGCGAGUCGAAUGAUGCAUCUUUGCUAUGUCAAGGAAUCAUAGACGCUAUUAUCGAUCUCGCGAUUCCUUUAACGGCUGUAUACACUGACAUUAUUGCCGACAUCGAGUUGGAUGUCCUUACAUCCCCCAGCAUCAGUCAAAGCAAGAAGCUCUACGUUUGCAUCAGCGAGAUCAACAAGAUGCUCAGCUUCCUGAACCCAAUCGACAAUCUGGUUAAUGUCCUUCGCGAUCACAAAACCUCCAUGACUCAUGACCAAUCUAUGAAAGAACUUGAGAAUCCUUCGUCUGGUGUUAUUGUCACUCCCAUGACACACACUUAUCUUGGCGAUGUUCUUGAUCACUGUAUCAUGAUCACUGAAGCACUCCAACAGCUGAAGCAGUCAUCUGAUAACCUUAUCAACCUCAUCUUCAACACCAUCUCAGCCCACCAGAACGAGUCUAUGAAGCAGCUCACUACGGUGACCAUUAUUUUCCUGCCCCUGACGUUUAUUACUGGAUUCUUCGGACAGAACUUUGCCGAGGAGGGAUUUCCCGAGAUUCAUCACGGCAUUUGGUACUUCUGGGCUUGCGCCGUCCCAACCGUCGUGGCUACAAUCUUGAUUCUCAUGAGGGAAAUGAUCUACAACUGGCUCGUGAGCAUGGUGCAGAGAAGACAUAUCCUUACACUCAGAAAGAAGAAGAAGAAGACCAAGCAGCAAAAGAUCAAGCUCAAAGUGUAA